AUGACGCUGUCGGAGGAGUUCCGCUCGAGAAAUUUCAGCAUUUAUGGUCAAUGGACUGGUGUGGUCUGCAUAGUUCUCUGCUUCGCGCUUGGUAUUGCGAACCUCUUCACCACAAAUGUUCUGCACAUCAUUCUCUCCGCAGUAUGCCUUGCUUCGGCAUUCGUGAUUCUCUUCAUUGAGAUCCCCUUCCUCCUUCGAAUCUGCCCAACCUCCUCCAAGUUCGAUUCCUUCAUCCGCCGUUUCACGACCAACUGGAUGCGUGCUGCUAUGUACACCAUCCUCAGUGGUCUCCAGUGGGCCAGUCUUGCCACUGGUGCCUGCAGUCUGAUCGCCGCCGCCGUUUUCUUAAUUAUUGCUGCCCUUUUCUACGCCCUCGCCGGUUUGAAGAGCCAGGAGUUUGUCGGUAGCAAGACCUUGGGUGGCGCGGGUGUUGCACAGAUGAUUGUCUAA